CGAUGAAUACUCGUACUAGCGCGAGUCAUUUCGAGCAUCGGGAGCGCUGGGUGGCUAUGCACUGCUAAAUUGCUAUAUAAGACAGGCACAAAUCACUAGUACUGGACAUCUGACCCGCGGUAUACUCUCUGCUCUGAGUUCCACCAUGCCUAUUUCUAUUGACGCGUCCAAGCAUCUCGUCAAGGCCGUUACGGUCUUCAGCUCCUCUAAGGCUGAGGUCGUCCGUACCUUUACCGUAGACCUCGAAGAAGGGCAAAAUGAGCUCUCCAUCACCAGUCUUCCAUCUUGUAUGGACACCGACUCUGCACGCGUCACCGGUCUCGGAGACGCCGUGCUCUUUGAUGUUGUGUGUACUGUUAUCGAUGCGCGUGAUAUGCCUCCCAGCUCGGACGGUGACGCGCUGAGGGCACUUGAGCGUCGCCGCGAAGUGCUAGAGGGUGAGAAGUCAUUACGCGGCAGAGCAGCAGAUAUCAUGGUGCAAUAUGGGCGCUCUAUGAACGCGGAGUACACUACUCCCGAUGUUGUAACCUCGUUCGUGGACACACUCGUUAAACGCGGCGCAAAUUCACUUGACGAAGCUAAAGUAUACGACGAGCAACUCGCAGAGUUAGACAAAGAGAUUGAGAAAGAGAAGCGAAGACUGCAGAAAGAACGUCAGAAGCCUGCGGCUCGCGGUCGGGUCACCGCCGUCAUCAUGGCUAAGCGCGCUCGUAAAAUUGAAGUUACGCUUACCUAUAUGGUGAGCAAUGCGUCGUGGUCCCCGUCUUAUGACUUGCGCGCUAUCACGGAGGAUGGUAAGCCUUCUCGUACUGUGUCGCUGCACUAUCGUGCGUCCAUCCAGCAGAAUACUGGCGAGGAUUGGCGGGACACGGCAGUCUCUGUCAGCACUGCAACCCCAGGGACAUGGUCAUCCAUCCCAAGUAGACGAGCCAUGAAGAUCAGCCCUGGACAAAAUACGGUCUUUGCCAGCAAGAGCAUAGGCGCGAUGAAGGCAAGUGCGCCUGUCCAACGUCAAGUGAUGCAGCAGCAGCAACAGGUUACAUUUGGAAAUUCAGCUACCAAUAACGCGAACACUAGCUCCGGACUCUUUGGCCGGGCUCCUCUUCCUCCUCCCCCUCCUGGCUCUGCUCCUGCACCACCGCCGGCUGCAACAAUGGCUUUUGGCGGCGCGCGCCGGCGUUCUGCACAUGCUGCACCAGGUCCUACCGGAGCUGCCGAGGUUGUUGACGAUUGGCAACCUGUCGAGACUUUUGUUGAGACUGUUCAAGAACCAGAAGAUGUCGUUGCGAGUGACAACGAUGACGCAGCGUGGGGUGAAACGAAGACGAUCGUGACAGAAAGUGCCGUGGCCAGCUCCUUCCGGAUUGACGGGGACUGUACGAUUCCCAGCGAAUUAACCGCGCACAAGGUCGCCAUUGCUCUUUUGUCCUUUGAUGCGAAGGUGAACUAUAUUGCGGUUCCACGGUCAGCCCCAAUGUCAUUCCUUCAGUGCGAAGUCAAGAACACCAGCCAAUAUCGCUUGCUUCCUGGCUCUGUGAAUGUAUUCUUGGACAACAGUCCUGUGUCAAAGACCAAUAUCUUUGAUAUCAAUCCGGAGGAAGUCUUCAAAUGUACGCUCGGACCAGAUCCUGCCUUGCGUAUCAAGUGUACUCGUAUGCCGCCGGUUGUUACGACUUCCGGCUCUAUGUACGUUGCGCAGACGAAGAUCACGACGUACAAGAUCUGUACGACUGUGCAGAACGGACAUAGCUUCCCUGUAAAGGGUUUGCAAGUCCGUGAUACUGCUCCUAAUACUGGGGAGGCUGCAGAAAACAAGGAAAUUAAAGUCGUGAUCAAACUUCCUGAAGGCCUGGCUGAAGCUGCUCCUAACGCAAUCGUUGAUGUUCCGAAGGCAUCUGUGCCUGGAAAAUCUUCAGUGAAGGUGCGUUGGGAGCCAACAGGUGGUGCGAAGGAGGGCAUGUACGUGUGGUUGGUGGACUUGGGUCCUGGAGAGGAGGUCAAGUUGGAGGCGGAGUACGAGGUUCGUGCUCCCGAGAACUAUGUGUGGCACAUGCGCGAGGAGCACUUCAAUUGAUUGACGGUUUAUUUAAACCAUUCUCAAUUGGCCAAUGAUGUACGGUAUCUAGUGUACUUGUAUCUAAAGUUGUCCCGCAACGCGG